UCCAAUAUGUCAGACUGUCAUACAGUGGGGACGUUGAGUUUAGAUUUAUUUUUAUUUUUAUUGUUAGGCUAAGAAUAAAAUAUUGUGAUUAUUAGUUGAAAUGUUACGUUAUUAUCACCGGACCUUUAAUAUUUAAUAGUGUUUGUUAACUUUAAUGUUUUUGGGUUUGGUCACUCAUGACACGGAAACCAAUUGUUGUUAUUUGAUUGAAUUCGUCACAUUUUUAAGUUUUUCCUAGUGUUCUUGGUAGUUAACUAAUAAGUGUAAAAAGUUGUUUUUUUUAUGAUUUUGUAAAUAAAAAAAUAUUAUUAGCACGCGCAUGCGUUACUGUCAAAAACAGACAAAGGUUUUGUGUGGUUUGAAAAUCAGCUGUAUUGUGUAGUGCAAUGACUUAGUGAUAUGAAAAGUGUGUGUUUGGAUGUGACAAUGUUUAGUGAAAUUGGAUAUAUAGUUUUUCUACUUCUCGCACUGCCAUAUAUUGAGAGUGCAUCUCAUCUCACGAACAGUCGACUCAGCGAAUAUAUCGAGCGCUACGAACCGUUAGAUUACGAUGCAGAUGCAGUCCACGAGCAACAUCUUCGUAGACGGCGGUCUACAGACACACAGACAGACCUACGAUUGCACUUCCGGGCGCAUGGUAGAAGAUUCAAUCUUCGCUUACGCCGAGAUCUCUCGGCUUUUAGUGAUGAUUUUCAGGUGGAAGGUUCACAGGGACAACUCCACGACGUCGACACGUCACACUUAUAUCACGGCGAAUUGGCUGAUGAGCCGCAUUCGACCGUGUUCGGUUCGGUGACGGAUGGCGUUUUCGAAGGGAAAAUCAUCGCGAAAGACGGUCCCUUCUACGUGGAGCACGCGCGGCGAUACUUUCCGCCAAACGGGACGAGAACCCGCGUCCAUUCUGUGAUUUACAAGGAGAGCGACGUCAGCGAUCCCUACUCACACCGCAGACACGGUCACGUAGGCGGCUGCGGCAUUACUGACGAAGUGGUACAAUGGAUGGAACGCAUCCAAAACUCUGGCGUCGAUGAUGAACUGCCAACGUCACCGACCACUACUCCGCCACCAUCCGCGUCACCAUCCCACACAUCAUCCCCUCAGCACAUACCUGGAUCAUCUCCGCCGCAUCCAAACAGUCUUCGCGAUGAUUCACCAAGACACUGGGAUUAUCCCCAUCACAAUAAAUAUUCACGUAGUGCGAACACAGGCGAACAUUCGCGCACAAAACGAGCUACUGUGGACAAUCGCAGCACAUGCUCGUUGUACAUACAAACAGACCCUCUGAUUUGGCGGCACGUCAGAGAGGGAUUUCCUGAACAUCGGGAUCCUACAAAGCGCACUGAAGUAGACAUGAAGACUCGAGAGGAGAUCUUGUCACUCAUCUCCCACCACGUGACUGCUGUCAACUACAUUUACCGGGAUACCACAUUUAAUGGCCGGACAGUGCACAGGAACAUUAAGUUUGAAGUUCAACGGAUCAAGAUCGACGACGACUCGUUUUGUGUGACGCAUCAAUACGACAGGAACCAGUUCUGUUUAGAGAACAUUGACGUAUCCAAUUUCCUGAAUCUGCACUCGCUCGGCAACCACGAGGACUUCUGCCUAGCCUACGUAUUCACAUAUAGGGACUUCACAGGUGGAACAUUAGGGUUGGCAUGGGUAGCGAGUGCCAGUGGUGCUUCUGGUGGCAUUUGUGAGAAGUAUAAGACAUACACGGAAACGAUAGGCGGCAUGUACCAGAGUACGAAACGGUCACUCAAUACGGGAAUUAUCACAUUUGUAAACUACAACAGCCGUGUGCCGCCAAAAGUCAGCCAGCUCACGUUGGCCCACGAGAUUGGACAUAAUUUUGGAUCACCCCACGACUAUCCAUCCGAGUGUCGUCCGGGUGGGCAACAAGGCAACUUCAUAAUGUUCGCGUCGGCUACAUCAGGCGACCGGCCAAACAACAGCAAGUUCUCCACGUGCUCCGUGGGCAACAUCAGUGCAGUGCUCGAUGCUGUACGCGAUGGCCGCAAGCGCAAUUGCCUUACAGCAAGCGCGGGCGCAUUCUGCGGCAAUAAAAUAGUUGAAGACGGCGAGGAAUGCGAUUGCGGUUACGACGAAAAUGAAUGUAGAGAUAAUUGUUGCUAUCCGCGCCAAGUAAGCUCCUACGAUAAAGAAAGGAACAGUACAGCUAAAGGAUGCACAAGAAGAGCCAACACACAGUGCAGCCCAUCGCAAGGCCCGUGCUGCCACUCGCGCACGUGUAAUUUCGUGAUGGCGUUCCGCAACCAGACGUGUCGCGAGGCGACCGAGUGCAGCCACGCGUCCGUCUGCUCGGGACGCUCCGCCGAGUGUCCAGAGCCACGGGUCAUGUCCAACCAGACCAAGUGCAACAAUGGCACGCAGCUGUGCAACAUGGGCCAGUGCACGGGCUCGAUCUGCCUGGCGUGGGGCAUGAAGGAGUGCUUCCUGUCGUCGGCGCCCGUGGCCCGCGGCGCGGGCGUCACCGCGGUGGCCGACCGGCGCGCGCUGUGCCAGCUCGCCUGCCAGACCGGGCCCGCGCCCGACUCCUGCCGCAGCACGGCAGACUUCGCGCACCAGCUCGGCCUGCCGCCCGGCGGCAUCGCGCUGCGGCCCGGCUCGCCCUGCGACAACUUCCAGGGCUACUGCGAUGUGUUCCUGAAGUGCCGCGCAGUGGACGCGGAGGGUCCGCUGGUGCGUCUGAAGAAUUUGUUGUUGAACCGCGCCACGCUGCAGUCGGUGCAGGCGUGGGUCACCGAGAACUGGUGGGCCGUGCUGCUGGCGGGCGUCGCGCUCAUCGUGUGCAUGGGCGGGUUCGUCAAGUGCUGCGCAGUACACACGCCUUCGUCCAACCCGAAGCGGCCGCCAGCCAGGCGGAUAUCGGAAACGCUGCGGAGGCCGAUGAACACGCUACGACGCAUGCGGCACCCGGGACAUGCCACGCCCGCCGCGCGCGCUCCCCCCCGCGCCGGCCACCGCCGCGCGCGCCCCUCCAAGGGCGAGUACUCCGCGCCCGUCGCGUACGCCGCCAGGGACCUCGCGUCAGCACCGCCGGGUCCGAGCGGGCGAAGAGGCGAACCGUACGCGACAGCAUACCCGCAAUCAUACGAGAUGCGACCUCCUCAGAAGGUCUGACAGUACGAUUACUGUGGCGGAGGCGGCGGCGUGGCGGCAGGCGAGCCGGGCCAGCUGGAGCUGGUGGCGCUGGCGCCGG